GAAUACAGACAAAGAAACGUAUAUACUUUUUUAUCCGUAUAGUAAUAGUAGAAGAAGAGAAGGAGAAGAAGAAGAAGAAACUCUGUUAUUUGCAGAGAGAGAGAGAGAGAGACAGAGAGACAGAGAGUUGACAGUCGCUGCUGAUGGGGCAGUGCUACGGUAAGACGAUCCCCACGGUAAGCAACGAUGAGUACGCAGCCGCCGAUCUCCCUCCGCAGACGCCGCCGCCCAACGGCACUCCGGCGAGAUCGAACAGCGCCUGGCCGAGCCCCUACCCCGGCGGCGCCGGGGUGUCGCCGUCGCCGGCGAGGUCGACGCCGAUGAGGUUCUUCAAGAAGCCCUUUCCGCCGCCGUCGCCGGCGAAGCACAUCAGGGCGUCGCUGAGGAAGCUGGGGAACAGGAGGAAGUCGCCGCGGCACGGCGCGAUUCCGGAGGAUGCAGCGGAGGAGGCGGCGCCGGCGCCGCAGCAGCAGCAGCAGCAGCACGCGCUGGAUAAGAAUUUUGGGUAUAAUAAGAAUUUUGGGGCGAAGUUUGAGCUUGGGAAGGAGGUCGGGAGAGGGCAUUUUGGGCAUACCUGCUUUGCCAAGGGGAGAAAAGGGGAGCUCAAGGAUUUGCCUCUUGCUGUCAAAAUCAUCUCCAAAUCCAAGAUGACGACUGCGAUAUCAAUUGAAGAUGUUCGCAGAGAAGUAAAAAUUUUGAAAGCUCUCUCAGGUCAUAGACAUCUAGUUAGAUUUUAUGACGCUUGCGAGGAUUCCAACAAUGUAUACAUUAUAAUGGAGUUGUGUGAUGGUGGAGAACUGCUUGACAGAAUAUUGGCAAAAGGUGGUAGAUAUACUGAAGAAGAAGCAAAACUUAUUAUCGUUCAGAUUCUUAGUGUUGUCGCAUUUUGUCAUCUUCAAGGUGUUGUCCACCGUGACUUGAAACCUGAGAAUUUUCUAUUUGCCUCCAGAAGUGAAGACGCUGAUAUGAAACUCAUUGACUUCGGUCUUUCUGACUUCAUCAGGACAGAUGAAAGACUAAAUGAUAUUGUUGGAAGUGCUUAUUAUGUAGCACCUGAGGUUCUUCACAGAUCUUACAGCGUGGAGGCCGACAUAUGGAGUAUCGGUGUGAUUACCUAUAUUUUGCUUUGUGGUAGUAGACCAUUUUGGGCAAGAACGGAGUCUGGAAUAUUCCGUUCUGUUUUGAGGGCCGAGCCAAACUUUGAGGACACACCUUGGCCAUCUGUCUCUUCACAUGCCAAGGACUUCGUGAAGCGACUUCUGAACAAGGAUUACCGGAAAAGAAUGACUGCCGCUCAAGCUUUGACUCAUCCUUGGCUGCGAAGCGAGAGCCAUCCAAUUCCGCUAGACAUAUUGGUCUAUAAGUUAGUAAAGACGUAUCUACACGCUACACCUUUUAAACGUGCAGCACUAAAGGCUCUCUCGAAAGCAUUGAGUGAGGAGGAGCUGAUCUAUCUCAGAGCACAGUUCAUGCUUCUAGAGCCUAGUGAGGAUGGGCGAGUUUCUCUCGAAAACUUCAAAAAGGCUCUUGCACGUAAUGCCACCGAUGCCAUGAAGGCAUCUAGGGUCCCGGAUAUCCUUCACGCGAUGGCGCCGUUAGCUUAUCGAAAGAUGGAGUUCGAUGAGUUCUGUGCAGCUGCCAUCAGCACAUACCAACUGGAGGCCCUAGAGAAAUGGGAGCAAAUUGCUUCCACCGCUUUCGAGCAUUUCGAAGAGGAGGGUAGCCGUGUUAUAUCAGUAGAGGAAUUAGCCCGGGAGCUGAACGUCGGGCCUACCGCGUAUUCGAUGCUGAGAGAUUGGUUGAAGCCCAACGGCAAACUUAGUUUGUUGGGAUAUACUAAAUUUUUGCAUGGUCUCACCCUUCGCAGCUCAAAUAUGAGACAUCAUUAGCUAACUUCUCUCCUCUUUUUGUUAUGCAUAAUUUAUUUUAGGAGUUCUCAAAAGGAAAUGAUUACUGCUGGUCGGAGAUUUUGGGCAUAAAUUGACAAGAAUUUCAUGUACAAAUGUAGUAGAGGAACCGGAUUUUACGUUAGAGGAAUCAUACACUUUUGUUUUAUUUUUUUAUUUUGAUUUUAUUCGUAUUGAUAUAGUGAAUGGAAUUUGGGUUGACAAAAGUGUUGUGUGUUGACUGGA